ACCCCCUCGUGGCCUCACACUCCUUCCACUCUCCACUGGUCCUACUAUCACAGAUCAAGAGUAUCGAUCAGAGAGGAGGUAGGUAGCCAAUGGCGGACUGGGCCCCGGUGUUCGUCGGGCUGGCGCUAUUCAUCCUCCUCUCGCCGGGGCUGCUGUUCCAGAUCCCCGGCAAGGGCAGGAUCGUGGACUUCGGCAGCUUCCAGACCAGCGGCGCCUCCAUGCUCAUCCACGCCGUCAUCUACUUCGCCCUCAUCACCAUCUUGCUCCUCGCCGUCCGCGUCCAAGUCUUCCUUGGUUGACCAACAGCUGCUUCCUUAUCAUUUUCAAGCCUCCUGAUUUAGCUUGUAGAGGGGCACAGGCGUGCAAUAUGAUGUUCAUUGGGUGAUUUAGUUGAUGGAGUUUCUUUGCUACUUUGUCAAGAAUGUAAAGUUUGAGUUUUCAAGUACACUGCUUCUGA